AUGACCAGUGGCAAAGACGGCGUCGUCGUCCCGCAAAAUCAGUCGUUAUCAGUUGACAGAAGAGACAAAAGUUAUGGUGAUGCGUGAGGAAGACGAUAGUUGGGCAAGAAAAAAACGGAGAGACAGAUUCGGAUGACCUUUGGUUUGAAUUUGAUACCGAAAAUGGGAAAGAAAGAGGGAGUGAGAGAGAGAGAGACUCUGUCAAGAACAGCGAACCGAACGGAAUUCAAUGUCAUCGUCGAAUUUAAAGUGAAUACAGUUAGAACGAAAACAUAGAAAGUUAUGAUGAAUCCCUCUUAAAAUUGUAUGUUUUUCAUUUCAGUUUCACCCAAAACCUGUCAGCCGUGCUUGCCGAUCCGACUCGCUCCAGAAAUGACAUGACGACGUUCUUCACGCGUCACUGGGGAGACACUUUUGUGCCGACGCAGCCGGUGCCCCAUUCACGGAGACUCGCGAGGAUGGUCGACGCGAGCAAUGAUAGCUACUGUCAGGCGGUGUCUGAAGUGGGCGAAAAGAGCAGAUCGGACAAGCAGGGAGCAAAUUGGAUUCUUUGCAGGCCUUCACGAGAUAUCACGCGGCGAAACGGUUAUUGCGGCAGAGCCACGGAGAGGAAGGACUCGGAAUGGGCGACGGAAGAUAUGAUGCCGAGGAUCUGCCAACGGUAAGCGAAACAAAAAAUGAGUCGCAGUGUUUUCUGCUUUCUGCCCUCAUUCAAUUUCUCGAAGUCUACAAGGCGUGAAGAAAUUUCAAGCACUAUUAGUCUAUUACCACCUUGAAACUGGUUGUCAGAAGGCAGAACGUACCUGAUUAGUCGCCUUUUCCGCUGCUCCUCGUGAUACGCCUUCUCAUCCUCAUAGAUCGUCUGGCCUAUUGCCAUAAUCAUGGCGGCUGCUUCUUCAGAUUUCUUCGUUUCAACAGAAAUGUCGUGUGAACAGUUUGUAGUUUUCUUUUUGCAGUUCUCGGCCGUCUUCUCGCAUAAUUGAAUAUGUAGAAACAGUAGGAAGUGAGUAAUUAGAAAAAGAAUAGCUUGAAUGUUGACAUUCAAUAAUUGAAAACGGCAAAACAGGUUACAGAGGAAUUUGUGAAGUGUGAUUGAGCUGAAGUCGCAGUUGUUUCUGUGAUACUCUUUCGUUCCUUCUUCUUCUUCUUCUUCUUCUUCUUCUCCUGUUGCUGCCGCUGUCGCUUUACGGCGGAUAACGAACAGCCGGACGAGGAGUGUGAUCAGAGUGAGACGGAGAGAAGAGAGCGGAGCAGACGGGAGGCCGGGUAUCUGAGUCACGGGAACAGGCAGCACAAGCACAUCCGUUUCGUGUUUUGUUGUGGUCACACUGACAAAUUGGAGAAUACCUUUUGGCACAGGUGGGCUGACUGAUUCGAAAAUAUUUUGGAGAGGAACCCGGGGCUUUCUGGCUGCUCUGCUGCCGAAAUUUAUGAAUACGGCUGUGGAACUGUAUCAUGCCUAGUGAUGUGUACUACAAAAACCAAAAAUGUAGCGAAUCCAUCAGAACUGUGCAGGAUAUGAACCAAAAGAUCUAUUCAUAGCAGCCUUGAAAUCUCUCGUUUCACAUUUCGGCAUUCCGCUCAUUUUCCUUUGAAAUCGAGUACUCAUGAAUCGGCGAUCAUCUGUAUCCACUUUCCGCCCAAUAACCAUUAGCAUGAACGAGGAGCCACUGGAAAAAAGUACGAAAUUCGAGACGAACGCAUUUCGGUCAGCUGUUCUUUCGCUAUUAUCAGCUAGUUUGUUCGUUGCUUUGCCAUCCCUUCCGCCUCGUUUUUCACAGUGAGUGAGGGUGGAAGAAACGGACAGCUGACGUCUCAUAAACGACUCAAAGCUCAUCGAGCUCAGCUCAUGGAACGGCGACUUUCCGAUUGAACAGGGAGCCAUCAAUAAUAAUCUUUCAUCAAUAAUCUUUCAAAGUUUUCAGAUAUUCAUCGAUCCUCGUUUCUCUCUGAAUGACUCCUCCACGUUCUCGGAUGUUUUUACGAUCCCGCCAAAUGAGAAUCUGGAUGCGCUGAAGCAGACGUUGUCGGGAAAGAAUGUGAUUCCAGCGACUCCUUAUCAAGUUACCACUGACAAAGUGAGAAUAAACAUUCGCACGUUCAUAAUCUUUUUGCUUUUUUAAGGAACCAGGUGCAUUCCGAGACUAUGAAGGUCUCCAGAAAAGGCUGGAAAUGAUGCACGACGUUGUCGAUCAGAGACUCGCUCGGAAGCUCGUAACGAAGAAAGACGACUUCUGGGAGGUUGUCAACUCGUACAGCGGACUCCAGGAGCAGUUGGCAAAGGCGUUGGAGUGUGUAGUGGUGGUCCGGAAGAAUCUGAAGCACGUCGACGAGCUCGUCUGCGAUCAAUCGAAGCAGAUUGUGGCGGUGCAUGAGAAGUACGAGCAGAAGAAGAAUCUGUUAGCCAAGCUGCACGACAUCGCGUGUCUUCGGGAAGCACAGUCCACUGUUCAGAUGAUGUUAUCGCAAGGAGACUAUCCGAAAGCCAUCGAGUGCAUCGAGACAAGUUUGGACGUACUUUCGAAGGAGCUGAAUGGAGUCACGUGCUUCCGACACCUCGCUUCACAACUCCGCGAGCUCUACAGUGUCAUAGGACGGAUGAUGAACGAGGACUUUGCGUCGUUGAUACAAAAAGAGCUCGGAGUGAAGCCAGAAGCGGGAACGAUGAUUCAGGCAGAAGGAGAACUCUCGGCCGUCCUGCUCGGGCUCAUGAGAAUGCGAAAGUACACGUUCAUUUCAGUGCUACGAGAGGAGAUUGUGGAAGGAGUGAAGAGUGUAAUGAGACACGUAAUCAAGAGCCAAAUACUGAACAGCGGCGUUGAUCUGACCGGGUUCGAUCCGAGUUUGACACAACUUGGAGAGCCGGUGCGACGAAUGAAGCACGUGGAUUUUCUGAAAACAGUACGAGCUGUCAUGGACGAGGAGUUUUUUUUCUGCAAAAGACUCGAAGCUCUGCAAGAUAUCCUUCUGGAAACCGCCGAAAGAGCACAGCCACUGAAGCGAGGAGGAUCGGAAGACGUCAUCAUUGAAAGGCUUGAAGAGGCGAACGUCUAUCAUUCUGACUCGGACGAUGAUGCGGAUAAUGCAAUGAACCGAUCCGGAGGGUUCGCAGUCGGAUCGGCAAACGCGUCUACUGCCUCGGCCACCACUCUUCUCUCGAUCGAAGUCAGAUCAGAAGCAUUCCUGCGCCGAGUCCUCCCACUCAUCGCAGAGUUCGGACACCAAUGUGCUCAACAGAGAAUCUCCCGUCUUCUGAUGGCUCGAGCCAAGAACACAGCAGUGACGGAAGCGACGACGCCCACGGAACUGUCAGAAUGCAUCGCUCUGGUCAAGGAGUAUCAAACGAAGUGCGACGCGGAAGGAUGGUACUCGACUCAAAACCAACGAGUCGGAGGGCUCGGUCGUGCAAUCAACAAGCUCUCGAUGGACUACAUUGAGAAGUUCCACGCGGCACGCAAGACUCGGAUUGGAUGCAUGCUUGACACGGAACUGUGGAAGGCGGUGGAAGUGUCGAUUGUGGAUCAGAACAUGAUUGAUGUGGCAUUGGAGACGGGAGAAUUGAGGAACACGAGAAGACGCAUCGACGACAGCGGACAGAGGAAGAUUAUGAAACGGACGGAGAGCAGUGCGACGAUCGAUUCAGGCACCGCCAUGUCGAGCAUCAUACAGGGAGCCAUUGUGGACGAAGAGAGCUACGUGGUGGUCGGAUCGUCGAUCACAAUGCUCCAAGUGCUGGCCGACUACUGCGAAGCCAUCUCUGAAAUGCCGCUGUUUGCACAAGACUGGAACUCUCGCGUCAUCGAGCUGCUCAAGAACUUCAACAGUCGGUGCUGUCAACUAAUUCUCGGCGCCGGGGCGCUACAACUCGUCGGUCUCAAGACUAUUUCUGUUCGCAACCUAGGUAAUCUUUCUUCUUUUAAUCCGAUUGAUUCUCUAAAUUCCAUCUUUCAGCCCUGGCCGGUCGUUCUCUCGAACUGGUGUGUCGGUUCAUUCCUCUCGUGCACGACGAAAUGAAUCGAGUGCUUUCGGCGGACCGGAAGUCGCUUCUCCGUCAUUAUAAACAGGUCGAGAACGAGUACCGAGAGCACGUGAACGAGAUUGUCGCCAAGCUGAUCAGUGUGAUCGACCAUUACACGAACAACUGCCUUGAAGGCUGGACCGUCAAAGGAGUCAUUCCGUCGCCCGAAUUCCAACAAAUCUGCCGACACAUUCUGAAGUUCCACAACGGAUUGACGGGAAUAAUGCCGAGAGAGCAGAUCGAGUUGCUCUUCCGACGAGUGCACGACAACUUCAAAGUCAAUUUGCGAGACCAGGUCAACAAGCUAGGCGUCACGCCCCACGACCCAUUAAAAUACGGGUAAGUCUUUAGAAGGUUGACGCCAGAAAAAAUAAUUGUUUCAGAUAUGUAACCAAGGACUACAUGUACUAUCAACAGAACAUGCAGAGUAUGGAAAACUGCCGAAAUCUGGAGCUCGAAUCCCUCAACGAUAUAAUGUUCGAUUAG